UGCACGUUCUUCCCACGCCCCGCGCCUCCCGUGACGUCCCGGCUUCCUCCGGCCGUGCGUCACCACAGGAGGAUGUUGCUGGGCUUGGAGCGGGGCUGGUGGCCGAGCAUCGCCCUGGGAUGUGCGGGUGGGAAGAGGGGCUGUCCCAGUGCCUGGGGAUCUGGGACAUGGCUGUGACGCAGUAUUUUGCUUUUUUUCCCAAUCUCUCUCCUCCUGUUCGGUUUAUCUCAGGAGGGUAGGGAGUCUUCCUUGGUAGAUCACAUUUUGGGGCGCAUCUGGUGCUGGCCCAUCUGACAUCACUUCGGAACACCAGCCUAAGUGCCAGCCUUGCUCGUUACCCUUGUUACACCACCCAGCUCUCCCCAAUCAAAUUGCCUUUGGGGAGUCUGGGGGAUGCUAAUGGGAAUGCCCUUCUGUCCUGCAGGCCACCAAGCAGUUCCUGGAAGAGAUCAACAAGUGGACAGGCCAGUACAAUGUGUCCCCGCUCUCCUGGAACGUGGCCGUCAAGUUCCUCAUGGCCCGCAAGUUCGACGUCCUGCGGGCCAUUGAGCUCUUCCACUCCUACCGGGAGACGCGGCUCAAGGAAGGCAUCGUGAAGCUGAAGCCGCAUGAGGAGCCACUGCGCUCGGAGCUGCUCAGCGGCAAGUUCACCAUCCUGAGCGUUCGGGACCCCUCGGGGGCCUCCAUCGCCCUGUUCACGGCCAAGCUGCACCACCCCAGCCGCAGCGUGCAGCACGUGGUGCUCCAGGCGCUCUUCUACCUGCUGGACAGGGCCGUGGAGAGUUUCGAGACACAGAGGAACGGGCUGGUGUUCAUCUACGACAUGGCGGGCUCGCAGUACACCAACUUUGAGCUGGACCUCAGCAAGAAGAUCCUCAACCUGCUGAAGGGCGCUUUCCCGGCAAGGCUGAAGAAGGUGUUCAUCGUGGGAGCGCCCAUGUGGUUCCGCGUGCCCUACUCCAUCAUCAGCCUGCUUCUGAAGGAGAAGCUGCGUGAGAGGGUGCAGAUGGUGAAGAUGUCGGAGCUGAAGGAGCACCUGCCCCGCGAGUGCCUGCCCGAGACCCUCGGCGGCUGCCUCAAGCUGGACCCGCUUAGCUGGAACUGCCGCUUCCUACCGCAGCAGAACGGGCACCCUGACCCCUUGGAUGAGCUUAUCCUGGUGCCGUUGGUGACCCCCCGCGACAACGGCUCGCUCCAUGUGCCCAGCCCCAAGGCUCUCACCCCGCAGGAGCUGCUGGAGCACGUCAGCCGCAAGCAGAAGCGCGGCAUCUACGAGGAGUAUGAGGACAUCCGGCGCCGGAGCCCGGCCGGGACCUUCGUCUGCUCCUUGGCGCCCUACAACCAGGAGAAGAACCGUUACGGAGACGUGCCCUGCCUGGACCAGACCCGUGUGAAGCUGGCCAAGCCCUACAGCCGCCCAGAGCUGACCGACUACAUCAAUGCCAGCUUCAUGGAUGGCUACAAGCAGAGGAACGCGUACAUUGGGACCCAGGGGCCCCUGGAGAAUACCUAUGGUGACUUCUGGCGCAUGGUGUGGGAGCAGAACGUCCUGGUGAUCGUGAUGACGACUCGGCUGGAGGAGGGGGGCAGGAGGAAGUGCGGCCAGUACUGGCCCUUGGAGAAGGAUUUCCAGAUGCGCUUCGGGGCACUGACCAUCACCAACCUGGGCGUGGAAAACCUCAGCCAUUACAAGAAAACCAUCCUAGAGAUCCACAGUGCUGAGGGCAGAGAGCGGCGGUUGCUCUCCCACUUCCAAUACCUGAGCUGGCCGGAUUACGGCGUGCCCUCAUCGGCAGCCACGCUCAUUGACUUCCUGGGGGCCGUGAAGCAGCAGCAGCGUGUGGCCGUCAGUGCGUUGGGACCGCGUUUCAAGGGGCACCCAGGGGGCCCUCCGCUCGUGGUGCACUGCAGCGCUGGCAUCGGCAGGACAGGUACCCUGUGUGCUCUGGACAUCUGCCUGUCGCAGCUGCAGGACGUGGGCACGCUGGACAUCCAGCAGACGGUGCAGCGCAUGAGGACGCAGCGUGCCUUCAGCAUCCAGACCCCGGAGCAGUAUUUCUUCUGCUACAGCGCAGUGCUGGAGCACGCCCAGCGCCGCGGCCUGCUGCCUGCCGCCCAGAAGGGCUCUGCCGGGCACUGACACAGCCCUGCCAGCUGGGAACUGUGCCUUACUUCAAGCAAGCAAGCCGGGGCAGAAGGAGGCUCGGGGAAAAGGGGUUGGGGUGGUUUAUUUUGUAAUUUUUUCCUUUAUUUUUUCUUCUCGGUGGGACCAUCUAGACUUGUACACAGAGCCCUGAGGGUGUGCGUUCCCAGCACGGCUGCAUCGGGAACUUUAUACUGUAUUAAGCUCUUCGAAUGUGUAUAUUCUUAUUUUUUUAUAAUCCCGGAGCGUGGGGGAGGAGCUUUUUGUUGUUUUUUUUUGUUUGUUUUGUUUUUUGUUUUCUGUUUUGUUUUCUUGUGGUAUUUAACAUUAAGCGAGCAGACCAGGAGCGAUCUCA